AUGGCCAAACAGGAAAGAAAUAAGAAUGCGAAUCGCGAAAACAGGUAACAUUUUUUUAAAACAGAUUGACUGAUAUAUUUAAUUCAGGAAAAAUGAGUGCGAGAAAAGUUCUGAUAAUGCUUUAGUAAAAGAUAAACGGUAGUUUCUGGGGAUGUUUGAUUUGAAAGAAUGGGAAAUUUUUUAGGGGGAUCAAAGGUAAAAUACAGACGCCUCCGUCUGUUUACUGCGCCAAGAUUGAUUCACCGGCUUCCGAUGACAAAAACUCCAAAUACGACAGAGAGUCGCAAACUGUAGCUAAUAAGGAACCAAAAAAAGAGAAGCAGGAAAAGAAGAAAGAUGAGAAAGAGAAGAGAAACGAAAAGAAAGAAGAGAAAAAAAAUGAAAAGAAAGAUGAGAAAAAGGAUGAAAAGAAGGAUGAGAAAGAGAAAAAGAACGAAAAGAAAGAAGAGAAAAAAGAAGAAAAGAAAGAGAGGAAAGUUGAAAAGAAAGAGGAGAACGAAGUGAGUUUCGGUUCACGUUAA